GUGUGGGUCGUACUGAUCAUUUUAUGACGCCCAUCCGGGUAAACAUAGCUGACAGAGAAAAGGUAUGCAUCACUGAAGUGUACGAAGCAGAGAAAAAAGUUCUGAAUACAUUCUACUCUCUGCGCUCUUCCUCGAGGGGGAACAUGGUAAGAUGCUGUUUCCAGUAAUAUGCAAACCAAAUGGAGGAGGUAUGCAUGGCUGUCCAGGAGCCACUAGAGAUGGGAUAUAAACACGCAGAGGCAGAUUUAAAAGAGAUGAGGAAUGAUGUGGAAGAAGAUAAUUCUUUAUUGCACAGGGACCUCAUUUUCAUGAAUAUGGCGAAAAUUGUGGACAUUAAGGAGGAGGACUAUAGUUGGGAGUCUGUGGAUGGUCAGCUACAUGAUUCUGACAUGAAAGAGGAAGACUGUGAGUCGGCAGCAGUAAGCAAUAAAGACCCUGAACCAAUAUCUGAUACAAAAGGCAUGAAGAAUAACAAACCUGUAAAUGGCAUUGAGGAGGGAAGUGUUAAAUCGGAGGCUGUCUCUCAGUAUGUGUGUUCACGUGAUCAUGUACCCGGAUCAAGCUUUACACCGAGUGGACCCUUUUCCAUACAGAAUCAUUCGGUCCAAGUGAAGUCCAAGGCUUUGGCAUCGGAUGUGAAGAGGCCUAAGAGAGUAUCAUACUUGAAAAGGAAACAGGACUUCAUGGCUCCAUUCAGGACCUGGAUUGACAAUGAGGGGCUCAUCAAGGAGGUCCGAAGGCGACCACACCUGCAUGAUUUGGCGCACCAACACUACAAGGACAGAGACAAGAGAUUACAAGCAUGGCACGAAAUUUCACAACUUCUUACACCUGACUGGGCCCAGAUGUCCAUUGCCCAACAGCGGAGUCGAGUAAAUGCAGUGAAGACACGUUGGAGGACAAUUAAGGAUAAUUUCCUUCGUCAGGUGAGACAAAUCAAAGAAACCGGUGGUGGCUCAGCUGCCGGAACCGCACAGACAAUUCUUCGCUUUAAGGAAUUACGGUUCCUGUUACCAAUAGUUGAAGGAGCAAGUGCUUUUUUCAGCUUUGACACUGAAAGUAUGGAGGGUUCUAAAUCCUCGCCUUAUGCUGAAGAGGAUGGAAGCAUCACUACAAAUGGGGACAGUAUGCAUCCAUCAGCACAGACUUCAGAGGCAACUGCAGUUCAGGUCAAAGAAGGAGAAAGAGAGAAGACACAGCCAAAGGAAAACAAUCAAAAAACAGCUGCUAACGAUGUUAUGGGGGAGCUGGUCACCAUUAUGCGGGGUAUGGCAGAUCGUUCUGAAAAUGAGCUCUGCAGUGACUUUCAUUUUUGCAUGAGUAUUGUGCCAUUAAUGAAGGAGGUACCCAGAGAUCGAGUACUUGAUAUGCGAAGUGACAUGUUAAAUGUCAUUAAAUUUUAUACCCGGUCUAAUAAUAAUACUUCUGCUACUGCGGCUCCUGUAGCCAACCAAUUCAACCAAAAUCACCACAUAUAACAUCUGUGGUUUCCUGUACUGCCUCACUAACACCUUAUUAUCUGCAGCAGUGUCCUUCCUGUGGAAUGUUUUCUCACUACCAAAGUGGGUCAAAUUUAGAUUCCCACCCCCUGAUCUGCACAAUCGACUCGCUCCUUUUGUUAUUAAUAGGCUACCAUUGCACAAGGUUUAGUGACUUCCACAUUUCCCCUGACAUGAACAAUGAUGUUUCUUGCAUUGUGAACAGUGCUUAGGGGGGCUAACAUCUUUCUUGUCCUUCUACUUGAUCACAUAUGUUUUGCCCCUUGCACCACAGUAUACCUUCAGCCGACUGAGUUCACCAGGCAUAUCACAGUAGUUUUGUUGUAAAGUGCCGUAUGAUCUGUGUCAACACCUGAUGACCAGUUUACAUUGUUAUCACUAUCAUUUGAUUCUGCUAGUGGUUCAUUUUCAGUUUGUUAUAAAACUGGCUUCAUGGCUUUGUUUAAUACUUUGCUUGUUGUGUUGAAGACUCCGCCCCUUUCAAAAAAUAUUGAUAAGUUAACAUAAAUUGGCAGACUGCAUAGAAAAAUUCAUGCUUUUUGUUUGCAGUAUGAUUUUAUUUCAUGUAUAAAAUGGCAGAUGAAUACUGUCCCAACACUCCACAUCUCAUCAACACUGAUUAACUCAAGUAGGACCCUGGAAUAACCAUACAGUGCAUCCGGAAAGUAUUCACAGUGCAUCACUUUUUCCACAUUUUGUUAUGUUACAGCCUUAUUCCAAAAUGGAUUAAAUUCAUUUUUUCCCUCAGAAUUCUACACACAACACCCCAUAAUGACAACGUGAAAAAAGUUUACUUGAGGUUUUUGCAAAGUUAUUAAAAAUAAAAAAACUGAGAAAUCCCAUGUACAUAAGUAUUCACAGCCUUUGCUCAAUACUUUGUCGAUGCACCUUUGGCAGCAAUUACAGCCUCAAGUCUUUUUGAAUAUGAUGCCACAAGCUUGGCACACCUAUCCUUGGCCAGUUUCGCUCUUUGCAGCACCUCUCAAGCUCCAUCAGGUUGGAUGGGAAGCGUCGGUGCACAGCCAUUUUAAGAUCUCACCAGAGAUGUUCAAUCGGAUUCAAGUCUGGGCUCUGGCUGGGCCACUCAAGGACAUUCACAGAGUUGUCCUGAAGCCACUCCUUUGAUAUCUUGGCUGUGUGCUUAGGGUCGUUGUCCUGCUGAAAGAUGAACCGUCGCCCCAGUCUGAGGUCAAGAGCGCUCUGGAUUAGGUUUUCAUCCAGGAUGUCUCUGUACAUUGCUGCAAUCAUCUUUCCCUUUAUCCUGACUAGUCUCCCAGUUCCUGCCGCUGAAAAACAUCCCCACAGCAUGAUGCUGCCACCACCAUGCUUCACUGUAGGGAUGGUAUUGGCCUGGUGAUGAGCGGUGCCUGGUUUUCUCCAAAUAUGACGCCUGGCAUUCAUACCAAAGAGUUCAAUCUUUGUCUCAUCGGACCAGAGAAUUUUCUUUCUCAUGGUUUGAGAAUCCAUCAGGUGCCUUUUGGCAAACUCCAGGCGGGCUGCCAUGUGCCUUUUACUAAGGAGUGACUUCCGUCUGGCCACUCUGCCAUACAGGCCUGAUUGGUGGAUUGCUGCAGAGAUGGUUGUCCUACUGGAAGGUUCGCCUCUCUUCACAGAGGAGCUCUGACAGAGUUACCAUCGGGUUCUUGGUCACCUCCCUGACUAAGACCCUUCUCCCCCGAUCGCUCAGUUUAGAUGGUCGGCCAGCUCUAGGAAGAGUCCUGGUGGUUUCGAACUUCUUCCACUUACAGAUGAUGGAGGCCACUGUGCUCAUUGGGACCUUCAAAGCAGCAGAAAUUAUUCUGUAACCUUCCCCAGAUUUGUGCCUCGAGACAAUCCUGUCUCGGAGGUCUACAGACAAUUCCUUUGACUUCAUGCUUGGUUUGUGCUCUGACAUGAACUGUCAACUGUGGGACCUUAUAUAGACAGGUGUGUGCCUUUCCAAAUCAUGUCCAGUCAACUGAAUUUACCACAGGUGGACUCCAAUUAAGCUGCAGAAACAUCUCAAGGAUGAUCAGGGGAACAGGAUGCACCUGAGCUCAAUUUUGAGCUUCAUGGCAAAGGCUGUGAAUACUUAUGUACAUGUGCUUUCUCAAUCUUUUUUAUUUUUAAUAAAUUUGCAAAAAUCUCAAACUUUUUUCACGUUGUCAUUAUGGGGUGUUGUGUGUAGAAUUCAGAGGAAAAAAAUGAAUUUAAUCCAUUUUGGAAUAAGGCUGUAACAUAACAAAAUGUGGAAAAAGUGAUGCACUGUGAAUACUUUCCGGAUGCGCUGUAUGUCAGACACUCUGGUCCUUAACAGAUAAAACUGUCAGACUGCAAGCCCUUGGUAGAGUUACUGAGGUCAGUGGAACAGUAAGAGAUGCCGACACAGAAAUGUAAUUUGAAAAAAAGUGCAAUUUAUUUGUGCAACAAGUGGCAAAAACAGUCACAAAAGUUGUGCAUUGCAAAAAGACAAAGAAAAACCAAAAUAUACUGUAACAAUUGCACCCAUCCAAUUGUUCUCAGGGUCCUUCUCUCAAAUACAGAUUCAUAUUAUUAACCGACUCCUGUUCUCUAGCAACACCGUACGUCCUCCCACUCACCCAGCUUAUCCUCCCUUUCCACUUCCCUGAUAGGCUUUUAUAAGCUCUCCCAGUAUUCGCCCAACAAGGGACCUGGAUACCCAUCCCCCUGUCACGCGUCUCAUGCACCUUUAAACCUGGGAGCUAUCCGCACGCACACAUACCUGAUCACCAGAUGGCGCUAGCUCUCUCCCAUGCAUGUAAAUUUUACAUUGAUGCCUGAGGCACAGUUAUCAGGAAAUCGGACCUGUACAGCACACUUCCAUAAGGUGGCAUUGCUUGUUUUUAUAUGACCGUGUUGAACAAUUCUCAUAUGGCACAUCUCCCACCUGGAACCUUCAUCUUCCAUAUCAGGUACACAAUAACUUGUUAUAAAUACAUAUUCAUGACACAUAUCUUGGUGAGUGUGGCCACCUCUGCAACUGAAGGGGAUGCAGAAGAAUGUGAAUCCAGGGAGCAGCCACCUAUGCCCAGAAGAAUAGAGAACACAAUCCAUAAGGGGGGCUCUCCCUUGCACUGAUUGUUCUGUGCUGCUUAUGUCUGAACAGAAGCACAGUGAGAAGAUGGCACUUUUAAACCAUGGUGAUGGAGCUGCAUGCUGAAAAGACAAAAACUGAAGGUAAAGGCUAGACACUAGUGCCAAAAUCCUGCAGAUUGAGGAGGGAAUGCUAAUGGUAGACAUAUUUGUAUUGGUUGUUAUUCCAGAGUUGCCAUUAUUGCAACAGUGAUGAUAUGAGAAGCUCCUCUACAUCCGUUUGUAUUUACAGCUAAUUGGCACACCAUUACACUAGCUGAAUAUAUUAAUAUGAAAAUAGUUACCAGUUCUAGUGUACGUUAGCCAAUGUUGGUGGGUAUUGUAUUAUGAUGUUUGGAUUAUUUUAUUAUUUCUAUGCCACUAUAGAUUUAUAAAUCUACAUUAUUGACCUUGGAAGUUUGUACCUGACGGCAGUUGCACUUCCUUCAUACCUGUUUUGGAUUGUGUACAGUUUUGUAAUGAUUUUGCAAAAUUUUAAUAAAAAGAUACAGCAAA